GAAUAUGACUCCAAGUCCUUAGAUGCAGCUUUCACAUCAAUCGACCUCGACUUCUAAACACUAACGCCAGGCUCAUGAGACGUUCUUCGAUGAAAGGUGGCAACGUCCGUCGCGAUGGAUAUGGUCUACGACAAGACACAUCGCAUAUCGAGCGCUUGUGUUUUGCCGAGGACGGCGAGCAGACCAUUGAGGCUCGCGCUGAUCGGCACCGCUGGAAUGUCGCGUUUAGCAGAGUGUGCGGAUUGACUGAGGAAAUCCGAGAUGAGUUAAGAUUUGGAGACUUUCUCAGUUCAGAGCUCGGUCGGUUUUCAAACCUCUCGGCAGGGGAGGCGAUUAGAGCCGCAAGUCCUCCAGAACUUCCCCGGUUCGUAGGCCGCGAUGGGAAUCAGGAUAGCAUUGAAGACCUCAAUCAGGAAAGACAACUCUUGAGGUCGAUGCUCGACAUCACACAGCGCCAAAACCUCUCACUCAGGAAUACACUGCAGCUACAUAUCUUUCGCAUCCUUUCAGCGUCUACCGACACGUACGAAGAAUAUUUACCAUUCUACCGAUAUCAGACACGACAGUUGAAGACUAAGUUCAGGCCUGGUGCCGGCCUUUUCUGCUCUGGUUUGAAGUCCAUGCGCGAAACAGAAGAUGUGUACACCAGCAAGCAGGUCAUAAAUCACAUCGAAUACACGCGCGCCGGAUCGCCGUUCAUAUCCGUUUCUGACAGCCCGUGGCGGAUUCAUAACAUCAUACGAAAAGACCGGAAACGUGUCUAUCACGGCGGUCAUGUGGUAGUCAUCGCUCCUGCAAAUCUUCGCAAGCUCCAAAUCUCCUUUGCACGUUCAACUCAACUUGUGGAGCAAAUCGGUGAGAAACCGUAUUGCAAGGAAAAUCCCAAUGGAGUUCACUAUACCACUCCAUCCCACUGGUUGGUACAGGGUUGGAUACCGGAGGCAUGCAUUGUGACACGCCUUACGCUGGAGGAGUUCGAGGAAUAAUGUGCCAUCCACAAGGACAUCACUAAAGUAGAAGCUGAUGAAAAAGACCCUAAGUGCGACAUUCGGCCUUUGCUCUCGAGCCUUCUUGAGUUCCGUGUAGCAUGGCAGGACCGCCAUUCGCAGGCGUUAGUUGUACAAGAUGCAGAAGCUAGGCUAGAGACAUAACUGGAAGAUGCUUAACCAGAUAUAUUCAAGGGGCUGCUGUGCGCAUUGAGAGUC